CUUUUUAAUUGUUUUGUAAUUGAUUUGUUGGAAAAGUUGUCGAUUGUUUGCUGACUUCGGAUCAUGUGUUGGUACACAUGUAGUUCAAGAAGAAACUGCUGCCAUCUAGAGCACAAGUAUUUGCAGACAACUUCAGGCUGUUUUAAAUUAAAUUGGUUAGUUUAUAAUACUCUCAGUAGAAUAUUCCAUACUUACAUGUGUUCAAUACAUUUAUAUUUAUAUAUAUGUUCACAUGUAUUUUAAUUUUUUAACUCCAAAGUUUCAGUACACAUAUAAAACGCAUAUCCAUUGAGGAUGUCACCGUGAUGACACGGUCGCUAGUUCAGAAGCCUCGGAAAUAACGGAGUUGAUCCAUUAAUUUUAUGUCCAUAUUAUAAUAUAAUGCAAUGUUAGUCAACACUGAAUUAAUACGGUAGCAAUAAUGCCAGGAUGUCAAACCACGCUAAGAACGACAGUGUCCAACGGGGGAAUGCGAUUGAUUAUGAUAAGCAAUUUCAGGAAGACUUGGAAAGAGCACAAGCUCUCAGUUUGGAGAGUUUGGCUCUGGAGAAAUUUAAAAUGCAAAGACAGUUAGAAUGCUCUAAUAAUUUUUUACAAAAUAAAUUUACUACGCAACAAUGUAGUUUUACGAAUAGCGGUAAUAAUAUUUCUGAAGUAGACAGCUCAGGUUCAUCGGAUAAAUUACAAUUAAGAAGUCGACCAAGGCCGGGUGGAACGCAAUCAAAAAAUUCUCCGAUAAUAGCACCGCCACCAGUACCCUGUCGUCGCAAUUCAACGACAACAGUUGGCCCGACAUCAUCCAAUACAACUGACCUUAUUAAUUUUACCAGUCCCGUUAAAUCAGAGUCUAGUUUAGACGAAUAUUGUAGUGGGACAUCGACUGUCCCGUCAGUAUCGCAGCCGUCAAUUGAACCCAAGUGGGAUACUCAUCCUUCGCUUCUUAAAAGAACGACAAGAGUGUCGAGGAGCAACAGUUCUGCAGCAGCAUAUCAAACUCAUGACUUUCGUUAUCACUCACCUUCCCCAGGACCCCGGGCUUCUACGGCGCCUUGCACGCCUGGUACUCCGGGAAUAAGUCCAGUUAUAACUCAGACAGAGAGUGUCGGUGAUGGUAUACCUCAGAUCCCACCAUUGCCUAUGAAUUAUCGCCCACCAGUAGGUGGUCCAGCGUGCGCGUCAACAAAACCAAUAUUCCCAAUAGAUGACGGACAGCUAAAAGUAUUAAAAGUAAUUGAAAAAAAACCAAAUAAUAAUUUGAUAGAUCUGAGCGUAUUCGAGAGUAUAGAAGACAAGACAAAUGUACGAGUGAGUGUACUUGAAGCAUUUGAUCCUCUACUUAUAAAGACUGAAGAACCCAACAAAGAACUAAAACCAUCAAAAGAUGAAUCCGUCAGUAAAGUUGAUGGAUCUCUUUACGACCCGUUCGAUCCCUUUGACUACAUGUACAGCACAAAUGAAAGUGUUAAUUCCGAUCCGGUUUAUGCUGCGGUAGAAAAAACGGCAAUGUCACCAACUGUGUCACCAGCGGCACCCCCACUGCCUCCAAGAAAUUCAUCUGCCUGGAAUACGAUAGAAAAACGACGGACUUCACUAGACCGACGACGAAAACGUCAGACUCGUUUGUAUGAAAAUAUAUCAGUUGUAAAAGCGCGCGGUUCGUUACAGGAUUGUGAUCUGAAAGCAUUUCAUCGUAUGAUUAAAGCCGUGAGGAGUGAAUUUCCUUUUAACGAUCCGGGUACAAAUAUUGGUCAUGUCAUCAGUCCUAUGAUGGAGAAUCUUUAUCCAGACGGAACCAGUAUAAAGUUAGUCGUCCAUCCGCAAUUGUCAGACAAUUCAGUUGAUUCAGUACCGUCCAUAACUUUUACUUGCAACGUUAGUUGUAGCGUCGAACACGUUAUUCUUAAUGUCGCUUGUUCAUUAGAAGAUAAUAAUAUCGUUAGUGUUGAAAAAUAUUGUCUGAGAGUGUGGGGUCUAGCUGAAUAUUUAGCUCCCAACACGACAUUAGCGCAGUAUGAAUACAUUCAUCAGUGUAUUAAACUUGAAAAGGACAUUGAAUUGGCAAUUAUAACACGGGCGCAGAUAAAAAGAUCAAUAGCACGAUCACUACAAGAUGACAAUAGAGAUCAAGAUUUAAAACUUGAAGAUAUUCUUCCCAAUGAGCCUUUGGAGCCUAUUUCUUAUGACACUUUAAUUAUUUUAUUGGAGACUGUUGAAAAAGAAAUGGAACGUGUAGAAACAGCGGCAAUUCAACUUGCGUCACCUAAUCACAGCUCUAGUCUUUUACCGCAAUUGCAGCCCAGAGGUGUUGUACAGGCUGUCAAAGCUGUGUGUGCGCUGAUGGGUAACAUCGAGACCUAUGAAAUAACGGAAGCUGUUGAUAAUUUCGUCAACGCAUGCUGUCAAUUUUUACCCCAAAUGCAUACGACCAACAUUGAAUGCAAGAAACCUGAAAUUCUUCACGAAGACGGCGAUUACUCGGUCGUAACACUCAGGACAAAGUUUCCCGAAGUUCUGGGUUCUCAUUGUCACAAAAUACGCGACGCUAUUCAAGACCUCGUUGAGACGUACUGUCAUGCAUUCCGUGUUGACUUUCAAUUGAAAUUACGUGGCGAGUAUCUGACCAGCACUUUGGUAUCAUCGGAAGUACUGGACACUGUGCUAGUGCGCGUUGGAUCUUUGCAUCGACUACCAAACUCUUGGAAACACGACGAUUAUAUUGUAGCUGCUCAAAUAUUCCAUGGAACUCGACCUGUUGGUAAUCCCGUGCUCUCUGAGCCUAUGACUCUUAAUGUUAAUUUUUACUCAAGAAUACUCUUCAAUACCUGGUUAGAAUUCCGUGGUAUCAGCGUUUGUCAAGUACCUCGUGAAGCGAGACUAGUACUGGUUAUUUACGGUCGCACUUUACAGCCAACUGAGCACGAAGCUAAUUCGUCGACUGAAGGAUCGAUGCAAAAAGAAGAGUUAGGAUGGGGCGCGAUACAGUUUUUUGACUACGAUGGAGUUAUGAGUCAGGGUAAUUUUUUCUUGUCACUGUGGCCAGCUGCUGCUGACAAACGACUUGGUCCUGCACCAGCACCUGGUAUUCAUCCUUACGGUGAAACUAAUCCUAUUAUUGGAUUAGAACUUCCUGAUUACGGAGGACGAGUAUUAUUUCCUACCGAAUUACGUGAUCAUGAUGUUGAAUCACUGGACAUUAAUUUACUGGAUCAAAAUACUAAAGAGUUGCUGCUGGAUAUUUGUCAGCAAGACACUUUUUCUCGACCGCCAGUCGAUGAACGAGAAAUUCUAUGGGAAAAACGUCACUAUUUGCAUGAUAUACCCGAAGCAUUGCCGAAAGUUUUGCUGGCUGCUCAUAGCUGGGACUGGGCAUGUCUUCCAGAUCUUCAUGCUUCACUCAGAGUUUGGAGCCCACUGCCGCCUGUUCAAGCUCUCCAGUUACUUCUGCCUUGCUUUCCAGAUAUCAAAGUACGAGAAAUGGCAGUCGGUUGGAUUCGCGAGCUCAGUAAUGACGAACUUGUUGAUUAUCUUCCUCAAUUACUUCAAGCAUUAAAACAUGAAACAUACGAGGCAUCUCCUCUUGCUAGAUUUUUACUAGAACGAGCCUUAUUGUCACCACGUGUCGCCCAUCAUAUUUACUGGCUUUUGACUCAGUCACUUCCAGGACAAAGUCCUCAGAACUCUGGUGAGACAUCGCAAGAAGAUGAUAAAUGUAUUAGUUUUACUCGGUACCAAAGAAGACUACAAUUGAUGCUUCGCGCACUGCUGGCAGUAAUCGGGGAAGCUUUGAGAAAUAGUUUUCUAACUCAACAAUUAUUAGUUAAAAAUUUAAAUGAAAUCGCUGAGAAUAUCAAGACAACUAAAGAGUCAUUGCGAAUGGAAGCAUUAAAAUUGGGGUUGCAAAAUAUUCAUUGUCAGUUAGCUGAAGAUGAGGGCACUUGCUUACCAUUGUCGCCAAGUAGACAAGUCUUUGGUAUAAAUAUUCAAACUUGUUCAUAUUUUCCAUCGUUUACAUUACCGUUAAAAAUAAGUUUCAUCAGUUGUGACAACGUCAUUAGUCCGGCUAUUUUUAAAGUCGGAGAUGACUUGCAACAAGAUAUGCUUACUCUCCAGAUGGUAAGAAUAAUGGAUAAAUUAUGGCUCAAAGAAGGUUUGGAUUUAAAAAUGGUCACCUUUGCUUGCGUGCCAACUGGUAAUAAACGCGGUAUGAUUGAAAUGGUAACGAAUGCCGAAACACUGAGAAAAAUUCAAGUUGAAUUUGGUCUCACGGGUUCAUUUAAAGACAGACCUAUUGCUGAAUGGCUCGCAAAACAUAAUCCGUCUGAAUUAGAGUACGAGAGAGCUGUUGAAAAUUUUACAGCUUCAUGUGCGGGUUAUAGUGUUGCUACUUACAUUCUAGGAAUUUGCGAUCGUCACAAUGAUAACAUUAUGCUUAAAACAUCUGGCCACUUGUUUCAUAUUGACUUUGGAAAGUUUUUAGGCGACGCUCAGAUGUUUGGUAAUUUUAAAAGGGAUCGAACUCCAUUCGUAUUGACUUCAGAUAUGGCGUACGUGAUCAACGGAGGCGAUAAACCGUCGGCGAAAUUUCAUAACUUCGUCGAUUUGUGCUGUCAAGCUUUCAAUAUUGUACGGAAACAUGGGAAUCUUAUUCUUCAUUUAUUUGGUUUGAUGACGUCCUCUGGUAUUCCUGGAGUUACAAUGGAUGCUGUGAGUUAUGUACAAAAAGCUCUUCUACCAGGACAAACAAAUCCUGAGGCUGCUGCAACGUUCGCACGAAUGAUUGAAAGCUCUCUGAAAAAUUGGUUCACUCAAUUUAAUUUUUUCCUCCACAAUUUGGCGCAAUUGAGGUUCACUGGUGAUCACAACGACGGUGAACUUUUAUCAUUUAUUCCCCGUACCUACACGAUGCAGCAAGAAGGACAACUAACAAGUGUCCAAGUUCAUGGCUACCAAAAACGCUACGAUCCAGAAAAAUAUUACAUGUACAUUUUAAGAAUACAAAGAAAGGGUCAACCAGAUCCAACUUAUUUAUUCCGCUCGUACAAAGAAUUUUGCGAAUUCUAUCAAAAAUUAUGCAUUCACUUUCCUCUUGCCAAAGUUGCCAGCUUACCGAGUGGUAUGAGCGUGGGCCGAUCAAACAUAAAGCAAGUGGCAGACAAACGUCGAGCAGAUAUCGAGAAAUUUUUACUUAGUCUAUUUAAAAUGGCACCUGAAAUAUCACAAAGUGACCUUGUUUAUACAUUUUUUCAUCCAUUAUUACGAGAUCAACAGAAUGCUGAUAUUCAUCUUCGUAAAGUAAAAGUCGGUAAUUGGUGGGCUGAAAAAAGAGUCAGAGAUAAUAUCCAAUGUGGACAAAUAAAAUUAUCAUUGCAUUACAGCCGUGGUACAUUAUCAGUCAUGAUUCAUCAUGCUCGAGGUUUGCCAAAGGUUGCAAAUGCCCAAGAGCCAAAUACUUAUGUAAAAGUAUAUUUGAAACCAGACCCUACAAAAGCCACCAAACGUAAAACAAAAGUUGUCAAAAAAAAUUGUCAUCCAUCAUUUAUGGAAAUGUUAGAAUAUAGAAUGCCGCUAGAAGUUAUUAAAGAACGUACACUAGAAGCGACUAUUUGGAAUCAUGAUACUCUACAAGAAAAUGAAUUUCUCGGUGGUAUUCGUUUACCACUUGGUCAUUUUGAUUUAAAUAAUGAAACUAUUGAAUGGUUUCCUCUCGGUAGUAUUCGAUAGUUAUUUUAAUAUUUUUUUUUUUUUUUUUUUUUUUUUUUUUUGACGCACAACAUUUUAAAAUUAUCAAAAUUGAUUCACUAAAAAAUUACGGUUGGUCCAGUGAUUUCUUAUCAAUGAUUCUAAGAAUUUUUAUUACGAGUUUUAUAUCAACUUUUGAUAAAUAAUUCUAUUGCCAGGGAAUAUAUUUAUGAACCAAAGGAGGACCUAAACUAAACUCUUUUUACACUUUAAAUACUAUUUAAUAUAUUUUUACAUUAACGUUUUUUUUUUUUAACUUAAUUUAAAUAUUAAUAUUAAUAAUAAUUAAUAAAAUAUCGUGCACUUCUAAUCACUAAGCGAAUAAUAAAUAAUCAUAUUGAUAAAGAUUUAUAAAAAUUUCCGAUAGAAUUGGCUUCGUCGAAUGAAUUUGUGAUAAAAUUAUUUAUAUUUAAAUGAUAUCUUUAUACAUAUAUAUCAACUUUAUUAUUGAUAACUAAUUGUACAUAUUAUAUAAUCAAUUUUAAUAUUUUUUUUGUCCGU